UUCACCAGCUGUUGGUGAGGAACUUAGACCGUUGAAUCUGCGCUCUGAUACCGACCGAUUGAGCUUAACGUGAGUUUGAUUCGUGUGUUGUUUUUGUGUCGGAUCUAAGAAAAUACUUAUACAGGGUGUUGUGGGUGGACUGUACCUUUUGCGAAUGCGUCUUCGUCUGAGGCAGGGUUUACCAUCAAAUUUCAAGCAAUAGGUGAAAGCGGCCAACACCAGAAGCCGCAGUGAAAACCCAGCAGCUCGAACGAUGUGAGAACUGAAAUAUCAGUUUUUGCAUAAGCGGUAAUUGUUGUUAAUGCAAUUUGAUUCCCAAGACCCGAAGAACUGGAGCAAUUGUCGCAAGACGCGGUGUGACUACUGAGUGACCCUACCUUAAUACGUGCUGACUUUUCGGUGCUGUUAGGCAAUUUUAAAAGACGUGGUUGAGUUUGAAAUCAGUGCAGUUGGAGUUAUCAAUGUACUUAAAUUAAGUGAACGCCUGGAAAAUGACUAUCUCCAUGGAGCACAAGAACCAGAGGAAGAACUCCUGGGAAUCAGGGAAGAUGUCGAUGAGUUCCGCUGGCACAGCCAACAGACAUUUUCGAAGAUCUCCCAGUUCCAUACUGUCCUCGGACUCGGACAUACGAUUCACCAGGAAAAAACUAACCUCACAAUACAGAUGCGGCUGUUGCAUCAUCGCCACCUUUCUUCUUCUGCUGCUGCUGGCGGCUUUCGCCGUGUACAUAGGAUAUACAUUUUUCUUGCCGCAGUACCCUGACGAACAAAUCUUCAGGGCUACGUUCAGAGUAAUAGACGGGGAUUUUUUUACCUCGGAGCUAGCCGAUCCCAGCACUAAUCAGUUCAAAAAUAGAUCCAAAGACUACAGGGAAAGACUGAAUCUGCUAUUCAGGAGGAGUUCCGUCAAGCAUGGGUACUUGGGAACCGAAGUCCUGGCCUUAGAUGGAACCGAAAACGAAGAUUUGAUAGUCCACUUCAACAUCCACAUAGACCCCGCCUACGUAAGCAUCCAGGCCAAGGACCUAGAGGCAAUUCUGUCCAACGAAAUAUCAGUAGAGGAGUCCCUGUUCUUCAAGAAUCUCACCAUAGACACCAAGAGCCUGGAAGUGCAUCCCAGCAACGUCUUACCUCAGGUAACCAGUACCACGCCACCAACCACCACCUUCUCUCAGAUAGUCACCCAAACCCCUCCACCGCCCAGGAAGUGCCACCCCUUGCAACUUGAGUACUGUCGAAAGUUACCCUACAACCUGACGACUUACCCUAAUAUUUUAAAGCACAAGACCCUCAAAGACGUCAGUGAAGACGUUAUCACAUUCAGAGAACUGGUAGAUGCGGAAUGCUACAGGCAUGCUUACGAAUUCGUCUGCCAAGUGUUGCAGCCGUCAUGUAGAAAAGGCGAGGAAGAGGAUGAAAUUAUCCUGCCGUGUCGCAGUUUUUGUAGAGAUUUUAUAGCAGGGUGUGGCAGCAGAUUGACAGGAAGGUUCAAGGAUUUGCUGGACUGCAACAGAUUUCCUGAGUACGGGGUUGAAGGGAUGUGUUUGACCAAACCAGGCUGCGUAGACGAGCUGCAAUCUCGAGCCCUGUCCCCGCGGAUCUGCGACGGAGUUGUCGACUGUCAAGACAUCUCCGACGAGAAAACCUGCACCUACUGCCCCAAAAACCAACUGCAUUGUGGCAUUGGCCGCGCGUGCAUCCCUAGAUCCGGUAGGUGCGAUGGCCGCCUUGAUUGUCCGGAUGGGAGUGACGAGAGAGCGUGCCUGAGUCUCUCCCAAAGCGUGGCAAGCAUGAAGAAAAUGGAGGUCGUGACGCCACACCUGGCGAAGUACAGUUCCGAAGGAUACGUCGUCUUCAAUGAAAAAGGUGAAGUCGGGAAGCUAUGCACAGAGAAUAUCAACCAGAGUUUGCCUGUCAAUCAGACGGCUGCAGUGCUACAUUCUGUUGCGUCGUCGUUGUGUAAAACUUUGACCUACCAGAAAGUUCUGUCAGUCGGUGUAGAAAUCGAUACGGAGAGCAACGUUUCGUACGUGAAGAUGAAGGAUCCUACCGCUCCAGAAAUCAACUUCAUACGGGCGCUAUGUCCUUCAAAACAAGUGCUAAAGGUGUCAUGUUCAGAUUUAGAUUGUGGCAUUCAAAGUACUCAUGGACCGUCUGGAUUUGACACUCUUUCCAAGAUGGCGGUCCACGGAGAUUGGCCUUGGCACGUAGCCCUGUUCAAGGAGGAUGUCCACAUCUGUGACGGUACCUUGAUUUCUCCAGAAUGGGUGGCUACGACCACAUCCUGUUUCCAAGGGCAACCCAAAGCCGAGUGGACUGCUAAAUUUGGAUCUAUCCGUCUAUCGAGUUUAACCCCAUGGGAGCAGGACAGGAGGAUCGUGGGUAUGGUAAAAUCCCCAGUAGAAGGCAGCACCAUAGCCUUGGUAAAACUGGACCAGCCAGCCACCCUGAACGACUUCGUGAGACCCAUUUGCCUUCCGAAGCAGAACAUGUUGAUCAACCCAAAGGAGAGCCAAUGCAACACUCUGGGAUGGGCGAGGAACAGGGAGCAGUUACAGAGGGUGCAGGUGAAGGUUAUGGAGAUGGAAAAGUGCGAAAAUAUAAGCAUUUCCACCGUGAACAGUCUUUGUACCGAGACCAUUUAUGGACAAAAUGACUGUAACGAAGAAGAGUUCGCGGGAAGCUCGAUGAUGUGCCAAGAAAAAAGCGGCAAGUGGACACUGGUCGGCAUAACGAACUGGCGGAUAGCUUGUUCCAAAAAGGGAACCGAAAGGCCGAGGAUGUACGACAAGAUCGCAUCGAAUGUGAACUGGAUUCGGGAAAGUAUUACCUCUACGGACACUACUUGAAAGAUUGAGUUUUAGAAUGUAGUUUUGUGCCAAACAAGUGUUGCUUUAGAAAGGAAUGACGAAACUGGACAGUACAUACUAUAUAGGUAUCUAUUCCUUAUAGUAUAAAUGUGUGACUGUAUUAUAAAUGUAAUAUAUUUGUAAAGUGUGAUUUGUACAAUAUGGACUCUAUUUCUUGACGUAUAGUUUGUAGUAGUGAUAUGAUUACAUUAAAAUGAAUCCAGAUAACUAUUAGGUGCGACAGAUGAGUAUUUACUUAUUUAUUUUUCUCGUUUGAAAGCUAAGGACAUUCGAUACUGACUACCGCAUUUCAUUUUAAGGAAAAUAUUUUUUGUUAUG